AUGCCAACAAAACCAAGUAGUAUUAGAGGAGUUUCAGAGUUGCCUCUGAGGCAAGCUCCAAGGUUGAGGACAUUAUCAACAACAACAUCAUCAGCUUCCUCUGAUCCGCAUCACCUUCACCGUCCGAUUACAGACCGGAGUCCAAAGCUCGGUCUUGACCGUAGAUCAUCACCGAGGAGUGGUGGUGGGCCUCACACGGAUCCGCUGACUCAGAAGAAGCUUGGAAGUCGCAUCUUUGGAUUGGAGACACAGCUUGGACAAGCUCAAGAGGAGCUGAGGUUGCUCAAAGAGCAGUUGGCUAAAGCUGAAGCUGCCAAGAAACGUGCUCAAGAAGAGCUUCAUAAGAAGAAAUCCAAGAAAAUAAAACCUAAAUCUCCUGCUCUAGUGGAAGGAUCUAAGACGAGUGAGAGAGACGAUGUUCCUGGUGAUGGAGGUGGAGAGACUGAUGUGUUUGAGGUUCUUCUUGUUGAGAAGACGAAGAAUGAUGAUGAAUUGGCUUCAAAGGAAGACCAAAUCAAUGUGUUGAAAGCUAGACUUUACGAUAUGGAGAUACAAAGGGUAUCACUUGGGAAGGAGAAUGAGAGCUUGAAGGAUCUGUUAAAGAAGACGGAUUCAGAAAUGUCCAGCGCAAAGGCGAGAGAAGAUGAGAUUGUUUCAAAGGUUAGUCAGAUUGGGGAAGAAUUGGAAGAAAGCAACGAGAAGACGGAGGAGCUACAGAAGAAGCUUGAAUCCGUGGAAGAAGCAAAAGAGAGUCUAGAAGCAGAGAUGAGGAAGCUGAAGGUACAAACGGAGCAGUGGAGGAAAGCAGCAGAUGCUGCAGCUGCGGUUCUAUCUGGAGGAGUUGAGAUGAAACAUGGUCGGUUCGCAGAGGGGUCUGGCUCAAUGGAGAAGCAUUUUGCAGGACGGUUUGUGGGAUCACCGGGAAUGGGUGAUGACUCUGAUGACGGGAGUGGGAAGAGGAAAAGUUCAGGGAUAAAGAUGUUCGGUGACCUGUGGAGGAAGAAAGGUCAAAAAUGA